AUGUCCCAAAAGGCAGAAGUAAUUGAUAGGAGGCGGUGCUACGCUGAAACACGCGAGGAUGUGCUAUCGAAACCUCGAAGGUGCGUAUGUGCACAUGGUUCGCCAUCUUGCCAUGUGCCUCCUGCAUAUUGAUGGACAGCCCACAUGCAACUUCCUUUCUUCACUUCUUUCGUGCUUUUCGAAAACUUCUGCUUGUCUUUUAUUUGCAUUGACAUUCUCUCUUGUCUGUAAUGCGUUAUUUUGCACUUGCUUGCAGGUCUUGUUCGGACUAUGGUCCUGCAAGAGUGGGUCAUCUCCAAGUUGAAAACGAAAAGCGUGUAAGACGCGAGAUAGCAAAUUGCAACGAACGAAGACGCAUGCAGAGUAUCAACGCUGGUUUUGAGAAUCUGCGUGUAUUGUUGCCGCCUGCUCAAGAAGGAGAAAAAUUGAGCAAGGCAAGUAUUCUGUGUAUGUUUCUUAGUUUUUAGGCCACUAUACUACAGUUGACAGCGAAAUUUAUAAACUCCCUCUUGAUGAGGGUGACAGCUUUGGAGCAUCAAAUAGCUGUUUAUCGCCAGGCUGGUCUCCCCAGUGCCACAGUCCUCACAGAUAUAACGGACGAGGUCGCGUUGGGUUGUGGAAGAAAGCGAAGAAUGGACGAAGGUAAGACAUUACUUGCACUCAACCUGCUUUAGACAAGAAUUUUGAUUUAGGUGCGAAGGUGGGCAGACGAACUAUGGACAGUGACUCCAACUUCGCCGAUCUGGAUGACGGCAAUACUUCGGGGAGGUCAUCCGAGUGCUACGACAACCACUUCGUGUGUUCUCCGUCUUCUGGAGCACAGCGGAUUUCAACCAUGUCAUCCGUUUCGCCGACGGAGAGUACUAGCAGCACGGCCGCUCGCCUAGAGCACCUUGUCAUGGCUAUCGAGCAGAUUGAAGGGGGUGCACCCGGUAGCACGUGUGAUAAGGCCGGACCCCUCAUUGGGCCUGAGUCUUACGACUCUCAUCAAAGUGCGCUCUAUCACAAGUUUAGAACCUCUAUGGAGACAGACAUUCGGUCUUCAUUCAGUAGUCCCGUCCCAGAGACAACUGUCUUGAAGCCGAGCAUAUGUCCUUUCACGGAAGAAUUUAUGCUUAGCUCGCCAGCUGAGCUUGCGACAACUGGUGUCCCCAUCGAUACUUGUGGUGAGAAGAGUUCGCUGUCAGUUACUGUUGAGGAGUAUCCUUCUGUUGCGAAACUCCUGAAUCGACCAAUUCCCCAUAAGUACCUCCACCGACCUCAAGUUGUAGUAAACAAUUCCCGUUAA